GAAUUGCCAUUAUCCGCGAAAAAUAGAACGGUCACACAACACUUACAAAAAAAAAAUAAGAAUUUCACUUUUCAUAUCAAAACAAAACAAAGUAAUAAUUAAGGAUUAACAGUGUAUAUAACGCGAUGAAUAGUACCCCCCGUACACCUGCCACACCGGGAACACCCGGAACUCCCGGCAGUUUAGCUAUGGAAGUGGCCCGUGUUCAGAAUUCGGCUUUGGCCGAAUUCAAGAAGCCCACGGCGAUGGUGAAACACAAAAACAAGCCAAAGAUCCUUACGGAAGAGAAGUACAUCGAGGAGAUGUCCAAGAUCAUUCAGCGCGACUUCUUCCCAGAUCUGGAGAAGUUACGUGCCCAGAACGACUUCCUAGAUGCGGAGGCGCGCAGGGACUUUGUGCAAAUGGCUGAGAUUCGGCAGCGCUACAGUCUGGGCAGGAUUCCCGGUAUGGGAAGAAAUGUGAACAGGAAGAAUAAUCAAAGGAAUAAUGCCUUUUCUCCCGCCACCUUUGAGACCCCAGUGCAGGCCAGUCGUAGCAAUACUCCAUUACCCAACUCCCGGGCCACAGACACCCCAUACUCCACUACUAGCUCAGAGAAGAGCGCAGCUGAGGGUGGAGACACCACCUCAAAACUUUCGCUGGACGCCUUUCUGCAGAACUACACCAGCGAAGAUAACCACAGUUUCCAGGAAAUCAUAGAAACGGCAGAGGCCAAGCUACGCCAGAAAUACGCCGUGCUAUACAACCACGAAAAACUUUCCGCGGAGCAAUUACAGCGCGCUCUAAUACUGCCAAGUAUUGAAAAACAAUUCGAGGAACCUGAUCCCCUGAGGAAAAUCGAAACUUGGAACUACACAAACAUGAACUCUAUUAUGUAUGUGCCCGAUGGCGUGGAGUAUACGGAGGAAGAGCGUGUACAGAUGGCGGAGCGUAAGCAAAGCAUACAGCACAAUGCCACCAGACUCCCAGACGAGGUCCAUCAUCGGGAGACGGAGGAAAAGAAGUUAGAUGCAGUGCCAGCGACUGGAGCAAAUGAAUCGACGUCAACGCCAAAAAUACGCGGAUUUGAUCUACUGCGAUCACCAUCACCGCGACCCGGAGAGGCCUUCUCGCCCAUUAUGACUUGGGGUGAGAUAGAUGGCACUCCGUUUCGUCUGGACGGUGGCGAUACGCCCCUGCGGCCCACCCAGGGACCUUCGUUUCGCAUUAAUGAGAACUCUCGACGUGAAAAUAUUGCAAUCGCUUUGGCGGAAAAGGUCAGUGAAAAGAUGCGAAAUCAAAAGCAAAUGGCUUUGGAUACGGCGCGUCGAAACAUUGGAUCGCCGCUAAUACGCACCAAUAUGGAACGCCUGGCCAGCAUGUCGCCAGCAGCUCAAUUACUGGCCACGGGAAAGCUGGGACUGCGAGGAACACCCAGAUUAUCACACACCCCAUCACCGCUGAGUGCAAGGAAGCGCAAAGUUACACCCGGAGUGGUUAGGAAUACCCACACGCCAUUAGGACCACCGAAACAACAGCCGGCAAGGAUCAGUACUCCUGCCAAAGGCUCAACCAUUGACACGGGAUCCACACUCACGGACGAUCUGCUCAAGAUACCCACUAAGCGACGCACUGCAGCCGAUUUCUUUUAGCACUUACUGUCUGCCUUGUUCUUGUUUUGUUUCAAUACAAUACCUCAUAAACAUAAACCUGCUACUAUUUGGGACUUGAAACUAUGUUGAAUCAUUUCAAAAGAUGAUUUAAAUGGAGUUGUAAAUAAGAAUGUUAAAUUCUGAUAAGAUAAUCAUUGAUGCAAAAUUAUAAGCGUAAUUAUUAGCACAUCUGUUAUCAGUUGAGAACAUGAAGUCCACGUUAAAGGCA